CGCCGCCAGCGUGAUGAGCUUCAGCCGUCUCUGCCGCCUGCUGAAGCCGGCGCUUCUGUGCGGAGCCUUCGCCGUGCCCGGCCUGGCCAGCACCAUGUGCGCGUCCCGGGAUGACUGGCGCUGCGCCCGCUCUAUGCACGAGUUCUCGGCCAACGACAUCGACGGGCACAUGGUGAGCCUCGACAAGUACCGGGGCUUCGUGUGCAUCGUCACCAACGUAGCCUCACAGUGAGGCAAAACAGAUGUAAACUAUACUCAGCUCGUCGACCUGCACGCCCGAUACGCUGAGUGUGGUUUACGGAUCCUGGCCUUCCCCUGCAACCAGUUCGGGAGACAGGAGCCAGGGAGUAACGCUGAGAUUAAAGAGUUCGCCGCUGGCUAUAACGUCAAAUUCGAUAUGUACAGCAAAGUCUGCGUGAACGGGGACGACGCCCACCCGCUGUGGAAAUGGAUGAAAGUCCAGCCCAAGGGGCGGGGUAUCCUGGGAAAUGCCAUCAAAUGGAACUUCACCAAGUUUCUUAUCGACAAGAACGGCUGUGUGGUGAAGCGGUACGGCCCCAUGGAGGAGCCCCUGGUGAUCGAAAAGGACCUGCCCUGUUUCCUCUAG